UUGCGCGCUCUCGCCAGUGCGCGUCACCUGACCGUGAGCCAUAUGCAAAUCAGUCUCGUCCUUCAACGCCAUUGGUUGUCUCUCACUCAUUUAUUCCCUGUCAAAGCGCAUCAUAUGGCCGCUCUCCCACUAACUUUUCUACCCCAACGCUGAAAGUAGCUCAAAGACAAUUCUGCACAGGACUUUAGAAUCCAACCAAGGGGAAGUUAGAAUAAAACAAAGGGAGACGCAAAAUUGUGAUUUAUCAUCUGUUUGGAUUCUGUCUCUGUUGCAAGCGGCCUCUUGUUUAAUUAGGAGGUUUUACGCGUGUGCGCCAAGGAACGGGGGCGCUGAAGGUUUCUGUGUGUGAGCUGAGUAAAUUAAAGCCAGGUGAAUGUAUAGCAUGAUGAUGGAAACGGACUUGCACUCUCCAGGACCCCAGACUAACACAAACACGGGUCACACGGGACCCAACAGCGGUGGCAAAGUUAACCCGGACCGCGUAAAGAGACCCAUGAACGCGUUCAUGGUGUGGUCUCGGGGUCAGCGCAGAAAGAUGGCACAGGAGAAUCCCAAAAUGCACAACUCGGAAAUCAGCAAGCGCCUGGGAGCUGAGUGGAAGGUCAUGUCCGAGGCGGAAAAGCGACCCUUCAUUGACGAGGCGAAAAGAUUACGUGCCAUGCACAUGAAGGAGCAUCCGGAUUACAAGUACCGGCCCCGGAGGAAGACCAAGACGCUGCUUAAGAAGGACAAAUACUCCUUGGCCGGUGGCCUGCUCGCUGGAUCUGGGGCCGGAGGCGGUGUGGGUUUGGGAAUGGGUGCCGCGGGGGUCGGGCAGAGGUUGGAGAGUCCGGUGGGUCACGGUGGGAGUACCGCGGCGAGCUACGCACACAUGAACGGCUGGACAAACGGCACGUACUCGGGGCAGGUGGCUGCCGCCGCGGCUGCAGCUGCAAUGAUGCAGGAGGCUCAGCUCGCCUACAGUCAGCACCCGGGCAGCGGAGCGCAUCACCACCACGGGCACCACCACCACCCGCACAAUCCCCAGCCCAUGCACCGCUACGAAAUGUCCGCUUUCCAGUACAGCCCCAUCUCAAACUCUCAGAGCUACAUGAGCGCCUCACCUUCAGGCUAUGGGGGAAUAUCCUACACGCAGCACCAAAACUCCAGCGUGGCUUCAUCGGGGGCCAUGCUGGGAUCUCUGGUGAAAUCAGAACCGAGCGUAAGCCCUCCCGUUACCACUCACCCCCGAGCCCCUUGUCCCGGUGACUUGCGAGAGAUGAUAAGCAUGUAUUUACCGACGCCGGAGACAGGGGACCCGUCAAUCCAGAGCAGACUUCACGCUGUACCGCAACACUAUCAGAGUUCCACGACGAGCGUAAACGGAACCGUUCCACUGACACACAUAUGAAAAGAUAUGAAACUACACAUUCAGACUCAAAUAACCAAAUAUUUACCUCUUUUAGAGCAUAACUACCUUUUUGUACAGAAUGUUUGUUCUUGUAAAUUUGAAGGUGAUAUUAUUUAAAUAUAAAACUUAAACUGAGGGAUGGAUGUCGUCUGAAUAAUGUGUCCAUAUUCCGAAAUUACACGACACGCGUGAGCUUUCCACAUUUGAUUUUUGUGUGCGUGUGUGUGAGAGAGAUGGUAGCCUACUAUGUUAAAAACAGUAAAAAGAGUGCGUGCUAAAAUGUAAAAUAUAGUCAAAAUGCAAUGUUUUUGAAGUUUUCUAAGAUUUUUCUCUAUCUCAUUUUGAUUUGUCAAUUCGUGAGUUACUGUAUUUGAUCCAUUCCUUAUUUGUUUGUUGUAUUUUUCCUUGUACAUUGUGAAUAAUUUCCAGAGACCAUUGACACACAUCUGUAAAUAUAAUUCGUUUUUGCCAGGGGAAAAAAGGAAACGUUUUGCAUUGAUGUGAGAAGAAUAAAUUUCACAGCUUUUGCUCUGAUU